AAACAAAAAUUUGCUGUCCAAAAUCAACCGUUAAAAGAAAACACAACAAACGACAGAUACGAGCGCUACAACUCCAAUUCAUGUCAAUAUCAAUAGCAUUUCGUUCUCUCAAUUUGAGUAUCGAAGAUUAGUUCGUUAUUAUUCAUUCCCUUUUUCGCCCAAAUUCUAAACUAAACCCUAACCUUAAAUUCCCCUUCCUCUACCCAAUCGACGCCGUCAUCUUGUCGAAAUCAUCGAUUUGACGCGCCCUCGCUCUCCGAAGGGAAUUUUGAAGAAUGGAUUGUUGUACGAGGGUUGCAGAGCCUUGGGAUCCUGAUGCCUACUAUGCGAUUCGGCCCGAGUGCAAAGAUGAUGUUCCCAAGACCCAUUUCAAGCCCAGGACUGGAAGAACUCUCAGUACAAGAAGAUGGCAUGCUUUGUUCUCUGAGGAUGGCCAUUUGGAUAUAGCCACGGUAAUUAGUCGGAUACAACGAGGGGGUGUUCAUCCGACGGUUAAGGGAGAGGUCUGGGAAUUUCUCCUCGGGUGCUAUGAUCCUGAUAGUACUUUCGACGCACGUACUCAGUUGAGACAACAAAGAAGAUCUGAGUAUAAUGCAUUAAAGUCAAAAUGCAUGGAGAUGGAGCAAACAGUUGGCAGUGGAAGACUAGUUACAACACCGGUGAUAACAGAAGAUGGGCAGUCUGCUGAGGACCUGAGUAGUGUUUCUCCGAAAUAUAACAUGCAAUCGAAUCAGUGCAAAAAAGACGAAGUAAUUAUGGACAAAGAAGUCAUCCAGUGGAAGCUUACCUUGCAUCAGAUAGGUUUGGAUGUUGUUCGUACCGAUCGGGCUCUUGUUUACUAUGAGAGCCAAGAAAAUCAAGCAAGGCUUUGGGAUAUACUAGCCGUGUAUUCAUGGGUAGAUAAGGAUAUAGGUUACUGCCAAGGAAUGAGUGAUCUUUGUUCACCAAUAUCAAUUCUUGUUGAAAAUGAAGCCGAUGCUUUUUGGUGCUUUGAACGGUUAAUGCGAAGAAUAGUAUGUUUAUUUUUUCCCCCAAUCUUAGCCCCUCUAUAGUUUGUAUAUGCCUGUUCUUGUUUCUUAUUUCAUUUCUUUUAAUCAUCAAACAUUUCUAAUGCUUUUAUCAUGAGCCUUGCUUCUUGCUGAUAUCCAAUACCCAAAGUUAGCUUGAGGAGAAAUAUCACAACCUUUUCUUCAUCCGAUAUUGCAGGACUGUAUAACUUUUCUGAUUCAUUUAGUCAAAUUUAAUAAACAGAUAAUUCUGGUAUUUGUCAACAUUGUUGUUUAUAAUUUAAAAACAGUAAAUUGCCUUUUGAUACUUCAAUUAACAAAGCCUCUUAAUUUAUUUAAGUCGAAUAUCAGCAGAAUCUGAAAUAUUCAUGUUAAUGGUCAACUGUCAGACUUUCGUGUUAUAUGUUCACCUACAUUUUUAGUGAAAUUCUUGUGUAACUACUUCUGACUAUUGAACAGAGGAGAUUAUUUCCUUGCUGAUAUCUUGUACUUCCUAUCUUCUAAAGUUGUUCUGUAGUUAU